AUGUCGAACAAUCCCUAUGAGAACGAGCCUGGGUACGAGAAUGCGAAGGGUACGGAGGACAAGAAGAUGAACGACUUAUACUGUGCAAAGAUACGGCACGAGACUCUUCGCAUCGCCGUGAUCCAAAAACUGGAAGAAGCCCUUGGUAUUCAACCUGAUGGUUCGGUGGCUCUGGCCAGCAACAGCGCUUCAAAAGGCGCACCCGGAGAUGAGGAGGGGCAACAAAAGGAUGAGGACCAGGAGCUACUGGCGCUGAAGCUCAAGUUCGAGCCGUUCAAGGAUCUAUUCAAACGAAGAUUUCUGUGGUACUUCGAACACUACAUGACCACCGUGGUCGAACACACCCCGAAGCAUAAAGACGGCGCAGAUUUCGCCAAGAUGCCGUUCGAGGGAGGUGGUAAUACCAUGGAUGGUAAGUUCCGCUAUGCCGACCUCGGGAAGCGUCUGGUUCGAAUCAAAGAGGUCCUUCGUGAAGAGGCCAAUGCCUGGGCAGCCGAAGGCCUGGCUCUGAGCGAGCGUGAGUCGUCCAAGGCAGCCUUCGUUCUGCGGCAGUCCGAACAACUGGGGGAUUACUUCAAACAAAAGAAGUGCCACAAUAUUUCGGUCGAGCUGGAGAACCAGAAUCCUUACGUCUGGCUGAUGACCUAUUUUGGCAAACCCAUGACUCAUCUCGAUGGCGGUAUCUUCAAAAUCAGAGUGAACAUUAGCCCUCGUUUUCCCGAUGAACAACCCCGGGUCAAAGUCGAGACACCAAUAUAUCACCACCGUGUUUCGAAAGACGGCAUUUUAUGCUAUUUUCCAAAGAAGCCGGAGGAACUGCGCAACCACAUUGAGAGCAUUGCCGAAGCACUAGACGAAGACUCGCCCCCGUACGACCCACGCACCAUCGUCCAUCCUGAGGCCACGAAGCUACUCUGGGGCUCAGAGAGCGACAAAAAGAGAUAUUAUCGUCAGCUUCGAAGAUCCGCUCAGCGGACGACCGAAGACCCUUCCUGA